CAACCAACCGAAGCGAAACGGCUAAUCGCGCGCACGGUACGGUACGCCUCCGGGGCAGCUUACCCACCCAAAUCCACCAAAUCCGAUCGAAAUUCGCAGCUCCCAAUCCCCAAAUCGGAGCUGGUAACCCGAGCUCGCGGGGCACCGGACCGCGGGGACUCCGGGGAUAAACUGGGGCUGGGCAGCUCGGCAGCGCUUUUGCUCUGCUCUCGCAUAGGUUUUAUCUCCUCUCCUCUGCCCACUGCCCCCGACGUCAGGUGAUCUGAUUCCCUAGCUUCUCGCACACGGCAGCCGGAUUCCAAAGCGCGGCCCUGCCCCAGGCUCCAGCCACGAAGGUAGUCGUCGUUCAGCGGACACACUAGAAUGUCGUCGGUGCAGCUCUCCGGUGCCGGAGUCGCCGCCGUGGCCUUCACGAACAAGGGCCUAGCCUCACCGCCGUCGGCGCUCAGGGUCUGCUCGUCGAGGCGCUCUGUCCGUAGCCUAGUCGUCAGGGCUGCAACUGUUGUCGCCCCAAAGUACACUUCGCUGAAGCCUCUGGGAGACCGGGUGCUUGUGAAGCUUGGUGCGGCCGAGGAGAAGACGGUUGGUGGCAUUUUGCUUCCAUCAACCGCGCAGACUAAGCCACAAGGAGGUGAGGUUGUCGCUGUUGGAGCGGGAAGGACCAUCGGUGAUAAGAAAAUAGAGGUCGGCAUACAGAUUGGGGCAGAAGUUGUGUACUCAAAAUAUGCUGGAACCGAGGUUGAAUUCAAUGACUCGAAGCAUCUCAUUCUAAAAGAGGACGAUAUCAUCGGUAUUCUUGAGAGUGAUGACGCGAAGGAUAUGAAGCCUCUCAAUGAUCGUGUUCUCAUCAAGGUUGCAGAAGCUGAAGACAAAACUCCUGGGGGCCUUAUCCUGACUGAAACAACUAAAGAAAAACCAUCCAUUGGAACGGUUGUAGCUGUUGGCCCGGGCCCUCUGGAUGACGAAGGCAAGAGGCAGCCACUGUCAGUGCCUGCUGGCAGCACCGUGCUGUACUCCAAGUAUGCAGGGAGUGAGUUCAAGGGUGCGGACGGCACCGGCUACAUCGUGUUGAGAGCGUCCGACGUCAUGGCUGUCCUCUCCUGAUAGCCUCUCGUUUUCAGUUUUUAGCUUGCAACCCAUAGGUGUGAAGUGGUGGUAUGAAAUGAUCGCUUUGCGGUGAUUAUGACCCCAUGCGGACCCUGUCUGCAUAGAAUUUGUAUGUCCACAAGUUACGAGCCAGUACGUGUGUUGGGGGGCAUAGACGUCGACAUCUGAGACCUGAUAGUGAGAGCACUCGGUUGGUUUUAUAAAGGACAUUUUGGGGGGGGGGGGGGGGGGGGGGUUGAAAUAAUACCCUUUUCUGUCUUCUUUUUCCUUGCAUUAAUUCUGGACUUUUGGUGAUGAUGUUCUUGCCACCGAACGUUCAGGCCUCGGCCUGCUUUGCGGACGAGCUCUGCUGUUUUAUUUUAUUUUUGUUUUUAGGGCAGGUCUGCUGUUCUGUUGUUGUGGAAGACCUGCUUUUGCGUUGCCAAAUACUCCCUCCGUCAAACACUUUUAAUUUGGGAUCCCUUUUAAUUUUGACUAAAUUUAUAAAAAAAUUAUAAAUAUUUGUGUCUU